AUACGCUAUAUAUCCAUGCGUGUCGGAUGGACUAUAUUUCAUGCAUAAUUAAAACUUCACAUAAUCUCUGUGCGAAGUUUUAAGAGACCCCUUUUUCCUCCUCGUUUCGUAACGCUCUAACGAGCGGAUUCUCAAGUUGCGUCGUCAUACACAGUCGCUCAGCUGGGAGGAGGAAGUGGUGGUGUGUGUGUGCUUCAGUCCUUUACGGACCGUCUCCUGCUCAGGCAGGACUUUUCCGUUAGCUGGGAUCAUCGGGAGGAGAGAGACUGCGAAGGGGGGGAGAGAUUCCGCAGGCGUUCGCCCUCUGCCAUUUUGUGCGAAUCCUGGCAGCUUUCGGACAGGGAUUCGGGAUCGAGAAAACGCACAACCGAGUCAGCUAUGAGCUGAUAGUUGAUCGGUCUCCAUCCCUGACGUCCGUUUCAGCGUGACCGGCGGUGGUGUACGCAGUGGGGCCCCGAGCAGCUGAUAUCUCUGAGGUGUAUCUGUACGGAGGCCCACCGCAGUCAUGUGCUCCAUGAACCACCCCAACUGGGUGACGUUCGAGGACGAGGCCGCCCCCCUCUCCUCGCCCCAUAAGCCCCUGCAGUCGCCCCCGGCGACCGGGGCGUCGCCAUCCAGGCCCAACGGGCUGAAGCUGAUGCUCCCCGCCGCGGGAGACGCCUCCUGGAGCUUCUCCGCCUCCCUGGACUCCCCCCAGACGCACUUUAACUUUAACGGGGGCUCCUGCGUGCCCGCCAACACGCCCCAGUGCACGCCGGUGCGCGAGACCCCCGUCGGCCCCUCGCCCUUCCUCUGCGGGCCCCGGGACCGGCCCGAGUUCUUCCGCAGCUUCUCCAGUCCGUCCGCGGCCACCCUGCCGUCCCCGGGCUCCGAGCAGGCCCCCUCGGAGGGCUCCUCCGCGUUGCCCGCGCUCCCCGCCUUCCGGGACGACCCGGGCCACUUCAACCCCUUCUGGGGCGAGUCCGCGCGGGCCGAGUCCGGGAGUUCGUCCUCGGACUCGGAUUCGGGCUCCGCCCCGCCCCGCUUCUUCAUCCGCACCAAGGACGGCUACCAGCCCCCGCGCGACCCCAUCCACAGCUCCUACAGCUACAUCUGCCACAAGCUGGAGAGGCUGCGGGCGGAGGACCUGGACGGGGGCGGUGGAGAGGCAGGAGGAGGAGGAGGAGGAGGAGGAGGAGGGGGAGCGCCUCCCUGCAUGGUGGCGGUGAGGGGAGCGGGGCCGGUGGGUCGCCCGUCCUUCGUUCCCCAGGGCCUGCUCCUCAGCCAGCGGCGGGACGGCUGGCCUAUGAUGCUGCGGAUCCCCGAGAAGAAGAACCGCAUGUCCUCCCGGCAGUGGGGGCCCAUCUACCUGCGGCUGCUCCCCGGCGGCGUCCUCCAGAUGUACUACGAGAAGGGCCUGGAGAAGCCCUUCAAGGAGUUCCAGCUGCAGCCUCACUUCCGCCUGUCCGCCCCCAAGCUGGAGGGCUACGGCGAGCCGCGCAAGAUCCACACCGUGAAGGUGGAGCAGGUCUGCUUCGCUGAGCGCAAGCGCUACCACCCGAAGCCCGAGGUGACGCACGAGGCCGAGACCGAGCAGCUGCUGAAGCUGGGCACCGCCGAGCCGGGCGACAUGGAGGACCUGGUGGCCUCCGUGGAGGAGGAGCUGAUGAAGCUGCCCCACCCGGUCCAGCCUCGGCGGCACUACGAGGAGCAGGAGAUGACCCUCAGCGUGGUGGACCACCUGUGGGCGCGACUCGACAAGGAGGGGGUCCUCCUGGAGCGGGGGGCCCUCACGCGGGUCUACUGCCUGGCCUUCCUCAACGGCGCCGGCGACUGCUUCCUGGCGCUCAACGACGCCCAGCUGUGCCGCAGCGACCCCGUCUACGGCUCGGAGGAGGAGGAGGGGGAGGCCCCCUGGAUGGAGGUGUCCGACUGCCGCUUCCACCCCUGCGUCAACGAGGCCGAGUUCCGCCGGUCCCGGCUGGUCAAGUUCUGUCCGCCGGACGGCUGCCGCGUGGAGCUCAUGAGGUACCAGACGGCCACCCUGGGCCCGAGCGAGCUGCCCUUCUCCGUGAAGGCCGUGGUGACCGUGCAGGGCGCCUACGUGGAGCUCCAGGCCUUCAUCAACAUGGCCGCCUCCUCCUCCUCCUCCUCCUCCUCCUCGCCCGCCAGCGCGGAGACGCCGCUCUGCGAGAACGUCCUGGUCCAGGUGCCGGUGCCGGAGGACUGGGUGAAGGUGUCGCGCACCGUCACCCUGCUCCGGCAGAAGUCCCUGAAGGCCCGCAUGAACCGCAACGCCUGCCUGGGCUCCGUCAGCGCCGCGGAAUCGCAGCCCGUCAUGCAGGUGUCCGUCGGCACCGUCAAGUACGAGAACGUCUACGGCGCCAUCGUGUGGAGGAUCGACAGGCUGCCGGCCAAGAACAUGGCAGUGGACCACCCACACUCCUUCUCCUGCAAGCUGGAGCUGGGUUCGGACCAGGAGGUCCCCACCCUCUGGUACCCCUUCGUGACCGUGGAGUUUGAGGUGGCCGAGGCGGUGGUGUCCGGGACCAAGGUGAAGUCCCUGGGCACGGAGAGUGACAUCCAGCCUCAGAAGCACGUGGGUGCUAAGACACACUACCACUGCCAGCCAAAGCUGUACCUCUCCAUUAUGGAGGAUGUGAUCGAGAGCCUGAGGGAGCUCUUCCUGGACGAGGGGGUGGAGGACCGUGUGCUGGAGGACCUGAGACAGCUGUGGGAGUCGAAGGUCAUGCAGUCGAAAGCAGUGGAGGGCUUCCUGAAAGACACCGUCAACCCGUCCAACUUCGUCCUGCAGCUCCCCGCCAGCUAUGCGCAGACCGUCCGCAAACCCGCAGCUUCAGUAGUCAUUCCUGCAGGCCAGAGUGUUCAGACUUUCACCACUAAAGCGAACACCACUGCUAGCCUCGCCACCUUCUCCCUUCCACCAGGAGUGAGCUACCCUGUGCAGAUUCCCGCUGGGGUCACGCUGCAGACUUCCUCCGGUCACCUGUACAAGGUGAACGUCCCUGUGAUGGUGACCCAGGCCCCGGGGGCAAACCGCAUCCUGUCCCAGCCCGUGCAGCACAUGAUGAACCCCAGGGAGCCCCCGGCCCCCCCGAGGGUCAUGCCCCCCACCACCAUCCUGCACGCCCCGCCCACCUCCGCUGGGCCCCUCCUCCGGCCUCCAGAGGUGCAGCAGCCACAGCCACAGCCACAACCACAGGCACAGCCACAACCACAGCAGGUUCUCCUGAACCAGUGCGCCCGGCCCCUCCCCCCAAAACCCACGCAGCCCCCACCGAUCCUCCAGGUGCAGCCACCCCAAAUUGUCCAAGCUCAGCCCCCGCCAAUCCCCCAGGCCCCGCAGCCCCCCCCGAUGGUCCAGGCCCAGUCCCUGCCCCCCCAAAUUGCCCAGCCCCCGUCCCUGCCCCCCGAGAGCCCCGGCGACGACCUGUUCACCCUGGAAGGCAUCGAGUUCAGCCCGCGGCCGCUCGACACGGGCCUGGCCACGCCCCAGCCCGUCCAGCUCUCCGGCUUCCCAGCCGCGACGGGCCAGCUGCCGGCCGCGGGGUCAGAGGUCGGGGGUCAGGGGGCGGACGUGCUUAACGAGGACGCGGGGGCAGAGAUCGCCAGGCCCGAGGGCACUUCCACGCUGGGGGCGGGUCUCCCGCGCGACUUCGACCGCAGCGUGCUGGAGGACAUCGUGCAGCUGGACGGGGCCUGCGGCGGGAGCAGCUCGGAGGAGGAGGAGGAGGAAGAGGAGGUGGGGGAGGGGGAGGGGGACCAGGAAGGCAUGACGGAGAACGAGUUCCUGGGCAUGAUCAACGCCGAGGCGCUGCGGGCGCUGCAGGAGGGCGGGGCCAGCACGGGGGGGGGCUCCUCCGACAGCGACAGCGACCGGCCCGACCAGCUCGCCGAGGAAGAGGAGGAGGACCCGCUGAAUUCGGGAGAUGACGUCAGCGAGCAGGACGUCCCAGACCUCUUUGACACAGACAACGUCGUCGUGUGUCAGUAUGACAAGAUCCACCGCAGCAAGAACAGAUGGAAGUUCUACCUGAAGGAUGGUGUGAUGUGUUUUUGCGGAAAAGAUUACGUUUUCUCUAAAGCGGUGGGGGAGGCAGAGUGGUGACUGGGGAGGGGAUCUCGUAGGCCAACACGCUUUGCAGGUAGGCCAGACAUAAUGAGAAAACAUGCCUAAUGUGUUUGGGGAAAAUAACCUAACAAGAGCCAUACAAGAGAAUCGGUUAAUUCAAGUCGGUGGGAAGGAACCAUGGCGACCAGCGGUCUGGAAAAAGGCGGCGAAAGCCUUCCGCUGCCUGAAAACAGAACUCCCGGGCCGAGGGAGAAUUUAUAACGAGCCGUUACCGUGAACGGCUCUCUGAGUUUGCGUUUAUUUAUGCUGUUGUUUAUAUUACAUUGUGUAAUGCCGUUAAAUUGAAAGCGGGCUCGUUUGUGCUGCGGCUGGGGAGGACUGCUAAUGAGGUGUGUACUCGCACAUUCGUUCAGGUGCCGCGUUGUCUGAGUCUCGAGCCUUGCUGUUUCUGCGAGCAAGGGAUACAGAGUGUUUGUUUUUCCCCCCCGUUAUUUGUGGAUAUUAAUUUUCUUUAUGUUUGUGGAUACAAAGUUCCUGAAUGGGUAUAUAGUAUUGUGAAUAUAUAUGAUUUUGGAGUCUUGAGCAGAUUAUCGGCUUAGUUGAUCUCGAUCGCCUGAAGUUGAAAUGGCGAGAGUUGAAAUGUGAGCUCUUCGGUUUCAAAUGCCCACAUAAGUUGUUUUGAUUCAGUAAAAUUACAAUACAUUUGAAGCAUA